CUAUUUGACCAAGAAGGAGAGUGAUGGGGUGCUGCGCCAGAUGACCUGUUAUAAUCAGUUGUUCAGUAUCUGAGCGCGAGGGCUACAUAAACGGAUGUCGCGUUCUCUGCCGGGAUUUGACAAGUUGACAAACGGAUAUGGCAAGUGCGCUUUGAUGCAUCCAGCGUACGUUAGAGACGGCGUUAGGAUAUGGCAGACCAUUUUAUUUUGCAAGUGUCAGCUCACAAAUCUUUGGUGUAAACUCGCCUUAACCAAACGCCCCUCUUUCCAAAAUAUUGCUUCCAGCGCCCCCCGAUGCUCUCCGAAUGUCCCCGUUGAGAAACACUAACCUAGAGGUUCCGCGUGGCGCUCUUUCGGUACAGACCCUUUAAUGUCAGAUUAUACAGGUUUUUUGUAUUUCCUAUCUAAUCUGCGGUCUAGGGUGAAACAAAAAAAAAUACAUUACUGAACAUCUUAGAUAACACAAUACGCAGCAUCCAUUACGCAUUUUGUCUAAAAACAAGCGACCACUUCCUUAUUUUGCCGCGGAACAUCACGCACUGCGUGAUGACGCAGUGCGUAAGGCGAUGGAGAGCUGCAGCCGCAUUGUUGUGGGGGGAAGAGAGGCGAGCUAGCCUGCUAGCAUAGUGCCUAUACGGCCGUCCCAGUAGCGAGCAAAAACAGGCACGUUAGUAUGGUCGAGUUGCUGAUAUCUUAAGUGUGUGACCCCGGCUUUUAAAUGCUUGCAUUUGGAUCCGGCAGACCGUUACGGAUACCUCAUAUUACCCUUGGAAUACAACGGAGAAGCGGCUGGUGGACGGUAGCGCCUGUAGCGCGGCUCGUGCACGGAUUAAACCUACUGCUGUUCAGUAGGCCACAGCACUGCUGCUUUUAGCUCGGCCGCUCUGCCCUUAAAGCUUCUUUGAACGUCGACGGCGAAGUUCCUUUGUGGCAUUCAAAAUGAGGAAGAAGGUUCGACAUAAUCGUCUUGCCACCCCGCAGAGGCCUCCUUCGCCCAUCAAACCCUCCCGUAACCGUGAGACCUUGACGUACGCCGUGGCUCAACGUAUCGUCGAGCUGGACAUCGACGGCCGCGUGCACAGGCUCAGCAUUUACGACAAACUGGAUGUCAUCGACAGCGACGACCCUUUAGCUCAGGAGAUCAGCGAGUGCACCAGCAACAAGGAGAACACGGAGAAGCCACAGCAGGUCCUUGUGCGCUCAGUGCGGCUCAAAAACAACCAGCAGAAGAAGAGCGCCACGUUGAAGACUGUGCAGGGUUCGCCAGCUCAGGGUAGGCUACCGGAGCCAAAGAUUCGAACGGUUGAGUACAACCUCCCGGCAGUGCCACGGAGGCCGUCAGCGUACUACACCUAUGUGGAGAAGACGCUGGAUGAGCUCGAUGAAGAGGUGGAAUACGACAUGGACGAGGAAGACUAUGCAUGGCUUGAGCUGAUCAAUGAGAAGAGGAAGACCGACGGCUAUAGCCAGGUCUCUCAGAACGUCUUCGAGUUUCUCAUGGACCGCUUCGAGAAGGAGUCUUUCUUGGAGAGCCAGGGCCAAGGAGACCCCCAGUCGCUUAUUGACGAGGACGCUGUGUGCUGCAUCUGCAUGGAUGGCGAGUGCCAGAACAGUAACGCGAUUUUGUUCUGCGACAUGUGCAAUCUCGCCGUGCAUCAGGAGUGCUACGGCGUCCCCCACAUCCCGGAGGGCCGCUGGCUUUGCCGCCACUGCUUAAAUUCUCCCUCGCAGCUCGCCGAAUGCAUAUUCUGUCCGAAUAAAGGUGGAGCACUUAAGAGAACAGAUGACGAUCGCUGGGGACAUGUGGUCUGCGCCAUUUGGGUCCCCGAAGUCGGUUUUACCAAUACGGUUUUCAUUGAACCCAUCGACGGUGUGGCGAACAUUCCUCCAGCUCGCUGGAAACUCACCUGUUACCUGUGCAAGAAGAAGGGAGUGGGUGCUUGCAUUCAGUGCAGCAAAGCCCACUGUUACACAGCUUUCCAUGUGAGCUGUGCUCAGAAAGCCGGCCUCUACAUGAAGGUGGAGCCCAUCAAAGAGGUCAAUGAAUCUGGAGCUACUACCUUCUCUGUGAAGAAAACGGCGUACUGUUGCUCUCAUACACCUAACGGUUGUGUGAGGAGACCCCUCACUAUAUACGAGGACUCCAAACCCAAGAACGGUUUAUGUCAUAAGGCUGCUCACAGGGAUAGAGCAAGAGGAUGCCAGAAGAAGAAGAACAAAAAGCCCGAAUCGGAGCCAGUUGCAGUGGUUCCGACGGUUUCUGGGCCUAGUAUUACACCUAAAAGUUUCAACACAAUCCUCAAUCAAGUUUCUCUCCAGAAGAAGAGGAUGUUUGUGGAACGGGUUCUAAGUUACUGGAUGCUCAAGAGGCAGUCAAGGAAUGGUGUCCCACUGAUAAGGCGCCUGCAGACUGCCAUACAGACGCAAAAAGAACCAGAACAGGCGCCGCGCGUUGAGGACCAUCAAGCUCUGACAGAGCAGUUAAAGGACUGGCAUCGUUUACGGCAUGACCUGGAGCGCGCUCGCUUGCUGCUGGAGCUCAUCCGCAAGAGGGAGAAGCUAAAGAGAGAGGAGAUGAAAUUGCAGCAGUCGGUUUUGGAGAUGCAGCUCACUCCGUUCCCUGUCCUGCUGCGAGCAGUGAUGGAUCAGCUGCAGGAAAAAGACCAGGCUAAAAUCUUUGCCCAGCCUGUCAGCAUCACAGAGGUUCCAGAUUAUCUAGACCACAUCAAGCAGCCUAUGGACUUCUCCACGAUGAGAAAGCGCAUCGACACCCAUGGGUAUAAGAACCUGGAUGAGUUUGAGGAUGACUUCAACCUCAUUAUCAACAACUGCAUGAAGUACAAUGCCAAGGACACCUUUUUCUACCGCAAUGCUGUGCGUCUGCGAGAUCACGGUGGAGCGAUCCUCAGGAAGACCAGACGGGACGCCGAACGGAUAGGCUUUGACUUCGCCAGUGGAAUGCACCUCACUGAGCCUCCUAAGAUAGAGCCACCUCCAGCAUUGACCUGGGAUGAUGUUGACCGACUGUUAAACCCAGCCAAUCGCGAGCACAUGUCUAGGGAGGAACAAUUGAAUAAGCUGUUAGAGAUGCUGGAUUUAACCACUGCCAUGAAGUCAUGCCCUUCCCGGAGCAAACGGCUCAAGCUGCUCAAAAAGACCAUUAGUGAUGUGCGAAUGGAAAUGGGUCACAAAACGGAGCCCCCUUCAUUGGAGCAGAAUAAUCCUGAGGAAAAAGCGCCUCUUAUUCUACCACAUGCCACUGAGGAAGAAGGUGACAAGUCAUUACCUCCAAAACUUGAGCCUUCAGACUCUGUGCCACUCCUGAAAAACUCAGACAGUCCCUGUGAACCUCCGACACUGAAACCCAUAGAGCCCAACCCUGAAAAGUGCCCGAAAAAGGUCAAAUUUGACGGGGAGACAUUCUCUACCUCACUUCUAAAUGGUCUCUCCUCUGACGUUAUGCCCUCUGAAAAUAACGUCAUGGUCGCUACCUCCACUCUUACCGAACCAGCGAAUAUGGUCAACCGGCGGACGGCUGUGCUGUUUCGAAAGUCAAAGAGUCCGCAGAAGCCGUCAAACAUGAGUCAGUCCUCAAUUGAUUGCCCUCAGCUGGGCACUAAGACGUUCCUGUCCGUGGUCAUCCCUCGCCUCGAAACCCUGCUCCAGCGCAGGAAGAGGACGCGCAGUGCUAGCGGAGACAGUCAGGACGAGGAUGAGUGUCCGAUUAAACGCUUGGAUACUGGCCUGUCUAAUGGCUUUUCUGAGCCAAAGAAAGGGCUAAAUGUGAAUCGGCCGUCAGAGCCUCGGCGCCGCUGUGCUUCAGAGUCCAGCAUUUCCUCCAGCGGAAGCGGGAGCGUACAGGAAAACACAAGUGAUGUCAGUCACACAAAGAGCGGGAAAGGGAAGCUGGCGAUGACGAGACGAAACACGACGGACGAUAAAAAAGAACUGGUCAAUUGUGUGGAACCAGGGAACAUUUCCAAAGCCAACAAGCUGGCAGCAGAUCAUAGAUCCACAGAUGUCUCGGGCGGGUUGCCAUCUCAACGACGAGUACAUUCCCACCCCUCCACGGGACGUGCUCAGGGUCGGAGAGCUGAUGCAGUUCAGGUCCAAGGAGAAACUCUUCCUCGUCCGCUUCUUCGACAGCAAACGCAACUGGCAAUGGCUUCCUAAAUCCAAGAUGGUACCGUUCGGAAUCGACAAGACCUUAGACCGAAGAAAAAUGUUGGAAGGCAGAUCGUCAGGCAUCCGUAAAGCUGUGCAAAGCGCCUUCAACCGUGCCAUGAACCACUUGAGCCUUGUCCAGGACUUAGGCGCUGGAGAUUAACGGAGAUCUAUGUUGGAGGGUUUCAUCGAGCCCCACGUUUACCCAACGCUACGCUCCCGUAUCAGACUGGCCCUUCCUCCCAAUUCUGUUAGGAGCCGGCGAGCUUCUCAACGGACGAAUGUGAGAGCGCCCUCACUCUCCUCUAAUGUGCUGCAAGACUGCUGUGAACUCACACACUGCCAUCUACUUUCCUUUACACUUCCAUCACCAUCCACGAUACGCCUCGUGUUUAACUCUGGCUGUAUAUAACAUCAUCCUAAAUUAUCCAACACUAAUUUAUUAUUUCUUUGGUUUGUACCGCACAAGACCUCCUGGAAGAUUUCUACUCCAAGGUAAUUUCUCAACUGCACUGAGGUGCGAACCCAUCUGGUGCUACAUCACGUGCGAAGCCUUGAUCUUUCCAAGCGAGAGACUUUUGGAAAGGGCUGUCGCACCUACUGUAUCAAACGUUUGUUUUUCUUCUGUUUUUUUAACGGUUAAGUUAUUGUAAUGUCAAUGCAAGCUUCUCCUCCUUGGCAUUAACAUGUUAUCUACUUUUUUAUAUAAAAAAUAUUCUUAUGGGACACAAGUAAGUGAUGUUUGUAAAUAUUUAUAUAAAGCUAAGAAAUUAUGUACAUGUAAUAUGGGUUAAAAAAAAAUUGGAGAAGAGGAAACAACAGUAGCGAUGAAAGCCAGAAGUGCAUCACUCAUGCAAAACCAAAUAUUUUGCUGCCCAGUUUUUCUUCUUUAUUUUGGAAUGUUUAUCUCUUUUUUUCAUAUUGGUUUGUGUGAAUGUUUCAGGCAGAUAAUAUGAAAAAAAAAAUCCCCCAAAUUGUUGCUUUUUUAUUUUACUGUGCUUUCAGGAAGCGAAUUGUAGGUCUGAAUAAAGAUGUGCCUGUACAAAUGUGUUGUAUUAGGACAAAGAAAAGUAUGCAAAACUUUAUAUUCAGAGUAGGCAUAUUUUGGUGGAAGCUGUGUUUGCCUAUUUUUGCUUUGUGUGUGGGUGUUUUAAUCAUAGCCGUCUGUUGUGAUUGUUUAACUGUCUCUCUCUCUCCAGUAUGGAUUCUGGGUAGCAUUCUGGGUUAAAACACUUUUUGUAUGAAUGUCUUGUAUUGACCGGUACUCUUGUUUCUUUUCUCUGGGAGGAUCACAUUAUAGCCAAUGAUAGUGAGUGCUGGCCAGAUCCAGUAUUUUUUAAGUACACUGAAAAUAAACACAAAAAAAAAUUACAA